GGAGCAGGUCCGCGCCGCGCAGCUCAGCACAGCGGAGCGGAACGGCACCGAGCCGAAGGGAGCAGCAUCUGCCUGGUCAUGGAGGACCGCUUCACAUAUGAAGAUUAUCAGAAGACUGCAGAAUGGCUUCGCUCUCAAACCAAGCACCGACCUCAAGUGGCAGUGAUCUGUGGCUCUGGGUUAGGAGGUCUGACUGAUAAAUUAACUGAGGCCCAGACCUUUGAGUACACUGAGAUACCCAAUUUUCCCCAAAGCACAGUUCCAGGUCAUGCUGGCCGACUGGUGUUUGGGAUCCUGAAUGGCAGAACUUGCGUGAUGAUGAAGGGCAGGUUUCACAUGUAUGAAGGCUACCCUCUCUGGAAGGUGACAUUCCCAAUAAGGGUUUUCUGCCUCCUGGGUGUGGAUACCUUGGUGGUCACAAAUGCAGCUGGAGGGCUGAACCCCAAGUUUGAGGUUGGAGAUAUCAUGCUGAUCCGUGAUCACAUCAACUUGCCUGGUUUCUGUGGUCAGAACCCUCUCCAAGGGCCUAAUGAUGAACGGUUUGGAGUUCGUUUCCCUGCCAUGUCUGAUGCUUAUGACCGCAGUAUGAGGCAGAAGGCUCUGAGCGCCUGGAAACAAAUGGGGGAGCAGCGAGAGCUUCAGGAAGGGACCUAUGUGAUGUUGGCAGGCCCCAGCUUUGAGACUGUUGCGGAGUGUCGCCUGCUGCAGAGCCUAGGAGCAGAUGCUGUUGGAAUGAGCACAGUGCCAGAAGUGAUAGUUGCUCGACACUGUGGACUUCGAGUCUUUGGCUUCUCACUCAUCACUAAUAAGGUCAUCAUGGAUUAUGAAAAUUUGGAGAAGGCCAAUCAUGAGGAAGUACUAGAGGCUGGAAAACAAGCUGCAAAGAAAUUGGAACAAUUUGUCUUCUUCCUUAUGGACAGCAUUCCUCUCCCUAGCAAUACCAGCUGACCAGCUCUGGAGAGGUUUGGUGCUUUACUGACUGGAUCCAAAUAGCUACCACCUAUUCUGGCCCCUUGCUGGAGUUGUGUGCCUCUUCCUUUAGGUAGUAGCUGGAAGGAAAGAUGAGGACCAUAGCCUUGACCUUCCCUUCCCCACUUGUCAUCCCUAGACCAUUCCAGAACACAUCCUCUUGCAGAGUUGCCUUCUCAGCAGUUUGUUUGAACCUCUGCCCUGCCCUGUAACAGCUGAGCCCAUGCCCUACCACACCUAGGAUCUCCCCAUGAUUGGGUGUUCACCUUUGAACUUCUAACUUUGUGCCCUCUGAUCCUGAGCAGCUCAAUUCUACUUCUCUGGACCAAAGAUCAGCCUAAUGCCUCUUGGACUUUUAUUUAGCACUGUCAUGUUUUGAAUAAAGAGAUGAAAUGUC